AUAUUAAAUUGAUUCUUAAGCCAGUGUGCAGCAUGCUUAAGCAAAAGCCACGAAUGUGGCUCAAAAUCAGAGUACGCUUAUCGUACGUCAUAGAGCUCCAAAAAAAAAGAAACGGAAAUAAGAACUGGGAUUAGGCUAUUUUUGGUGUUUGGUGUUUGGUGUUCGUCGAGAUUAUACACGGAAGCUAUAGAAGACUGGAAUGCGGAAAUAAUGGGCAGACAGUAUGACCGAAAUGCUGCAGACUGGGCAAUUCAUGAAUGAACUCGUACAAUUAACACAACUUAGUAAUAGAUACUAGAGACACUCGAUAUGUCGAGGCAAUGCCGUUGAUGAAUUUGUUGAAUGAAUUUGACAGACUGCAGAUCGCCUGCUCUGCAUGUCUAUAUUUGUCUGGGCUGUUAAAAAAAAGAGAAGAAGACAAAUCAGAGUAUAAACAGGCACAUGUGUUUUAGCAGCAAUUAAGCCGAAUUGGCUGCUGUUCCUGCAUAGUAUUGCCAUGUAUAUUAUGACAAGGAUCGGCGGCGAGCAAAGGACCCUUGCUGUCGACAUGUGUUCAUCAGCCACGCUCGUUAGGGGCGUCAAAUGAUCUUCGACUUCAAUUUGAACAUGUGAGUCAACAACGCAGACAGUAAAUCACCGGCCCGGCCUGGUGGGUACUUUCAACAUCCACAGGCACAACCACACACACACGUAUAUGGGGAACACACACGUGCAACGCAUGAAGAUCAGUUGCAAAGUUGCCAAGUUGAAUGAGAGAGAACCAGUUGGAAGUGAAGAGCGAAAUGCAGGCAACAAAAAACUCGCAUCGAACUCAGUCGCUUGUGUUGGCUUCGAGUAGCCGGUUCAAAGAAGGAUCAUACGCAUUAAGAACUUCAAUAAGUGAUCCACAACAAAAAAAGAGAAGUAUAUGCUAUAAUUGCAUAUACGAAAUAAGAAACGCCGCUCGGCAACUGCCUAAGCCCUUUAUCCAGUUUGGGGCUGAUUAGAGACAACACAAAAAAAGCAGCGGAAGCCCAAGCCCGCUGAUCAUGGCGCUAUCGCCACAGUUGCUUUGACGCCGACGUCGACGGCGACGCUGACGGCGACGGCGACGGCGACGCAGAGGCAGCGGCAGCCGCGAUGCUGAGGCAGACGCCGCCUUGUGGUGCUGCAACAGAAUUAGAGCGAUCUGGUCUCGUUCAGUUGGUGGCGUGCGCUCUAGCCCUGCGGGUGUACUGUGAUCGUGAUCUCGAUCGUGAACGUGUGUUGCAAGGACGAUAGCAAGGACGAAGACGACAACGACGCCGCGAGAUUUGUUAGCCUUAUAUGUGUGUCCUUUUUGGCAAUGCGCAGGCGCAAAGUGCAAACGAACGAAUGUGCCCAGUGACAAAUAAGUGUGCCAAAUAAUUAAAACUCAAGUGUGAAACAUUUCAAGUGCCUGUGCAUCAAAAAGCAAACUUCUAAAUAUUUGUGCAGCGCCAAACGCUGUCGAUUAGUAUAAAGCAGCAGCAGCAGCAGCAGCAGCGAAAUGGAUUUAUCGAGGCGGUUGCGCUCAACUGCCUUGAUAGCAUUCAUAGUACUUAUAGGCAUACAAGACUCACAGAGUAGAUUCCCUGGACUACGCGCAAAAAGACAGUAUGGCGCAAAUCUGUAUUUGCCCGCCAGUUCCGUGACGCCUGGCGGCGAGGGCAACGAUCCCAACGAGUGGACCGAUUGGAGCUCACCCUCGGAUUGCUCGCGCACCUGUGGAGGCGGCGUUUCCUAUCAGACGCGCGAAUGCCGCCGUAGAGACUCGAAUGGCGAAGCUAUGUGCAGCGGCGGCAGUCGUCGUUACUAUUCAUGUAACACACAGGACUGUCCCGAGGAGGAGCCGGAUUUCAGGGCUCUGCAGUGCUCGCGCUUCGACGAUACCAAAUUCGAUGGCGUGCUCUACGAAUGGGUGCCCUACACCAAUGCGGCCAAUCCUUGUGAGCUGAACUGCAUGCCCAAGGGCGAGCGCUUCUACUAUCGCCAGAGGGAGAUGGUCGUGGAUGGCACACGGUGCAACGACAAAGACUUGGACGUGUGUGUCAAUGGCCAAUGCAUGCCGGUUGGCUGCGACAUGAUGCUGGGCAGCGAGGCCAAGGAGGACAAGUGUCGCAAGUGUGGCGGCGAUGGCAGCACCUGCAAGACCAUCCAGAACACGUAUACCUCUAGUGAUCUGGCUGCUGGGUAUAACGAUCUGCUGCUCGUGCCCCAAGGAGCCACGAAUAUUCGCAUUCAGGAAUCUUCGCCAUCGAACAACUAUCUGGCCUGCCGCAAUCAGACAGGUCACUAUUAUCUGAACGGCAAUUGGCGCAUUGAUUUCCCACGUCCCAUGUUCUAUGCGGGCUGCUGGUGGAACUAUCAGCGCAAGCCGAUGGGCUUUGCGGCGCCUGAUCAGCUGACUUGCAGUGGUCCCAUAACCGAGAGUAUCUACAUCGUUAUGUUGGUGCAGGACAAGAAUGUGAGCGUUGACUACGAGUACAGCAUCCCGGAAUCUCUGAGCCACAGCCAGCCAGAUGCACACACGUGGACGCAUCGUGAGUUUGGACCUUGCAGCGCGUCUUGCGGCGGUGGAACUCAGUCCCGUCAAGUGACCUGCAACAAUCGCAUUAAUUUACAAGAAGUCGAUGAGGCUUUGUGCGAGGCUCAGAGCAAGCCGGCCGAGAGUCAGGCCUGCGGUACUGAGCCAUGUGCUCCACAUUGGGUUGAGGGCGAAUGGAGUAAGUGUUCAAAGGGUUGCGGAUCUGAUGGCUUUCAAAAUCGCACUGUUAGCUGUGAGCGCAUUUCGUCUGAUGGUGUUCACACGGCGGAGGACGAUGCCGUUUGUCUAAAGGAGGUAGGAAACAAGCCAGCAACAGCUCAGGAGUGCAAUCGUGACGUCAAGAACUGUCCGAAGUAUCAUUUGGGACCCUGGAAGCCCUGCGACAAGCUGUGCGGCGAAGGAAAAGAAACCCGAAAGGUCACCUGUUUUAUUGAGGAAAACGGUCGCAAACGUGUCCUGCCCGAUGGGGAUUGUGUGGAAGAUAAGCCUGAGGUGGAAAGAGCCUGUCUACUGGCACCUUGCGAAGGUGUUGACUGGAUCGUUUCCCAAUGGAGUGGUUGUGAUGCCUGUGGUCAGAAUACCGAAACCCGUACUGCCAUUUGCGGCUCCAAGGAUGGCAAGGUAUACCCGGACAAGUUUUGCGGAUCAAAGGCGCCCGAGUUGUCCAGACCCUGCACUUCUUCAAAGUGCGAGUCGCAAUGGUUUUCGUCCGGUUGGAGCAAGUGCUCAGCAGCAUGUGGAAAGGGCGUACAAUCGCGUAUUGUCCUCUGUGGAGUUUUUGAUGGCAAGAGUAUUAAAACAACAGACGACUCGAAGUGCGAUGCAGCUACGAAGCCAAAAUCGGACCAGGAAUGUGAAGGCGAAGAAAAGGAAUGUCCUGGUCAAUGGUUCACUGGUCCUUUUGGUCAGUGUAGCAAACCUUGCGGUGGUGGUGAACGCGUUCGAGAAGUGUUAUGCUUAUCCAAUGGCACAAAGUCCCUCAACUGUGAUGAGUCUAAGGUUGAAUCAAUUUCUGAAAAGUGUAAUACUCAGCCUUGUACCAAGGAUCAAGUCCUGCCUCUCACUAGCACUGAUAAGCCAGUUGAAGAUGAUGAAGAGGAAUGCGAAGAUGAUGACGAGUUUGAUUUGGUCACCUCUGACGUUACAGAUGAAUCAAAUGUCACAGAUGAUGAGUCAAAAACAAUGUCGACCACAGACGAUUUAAUGUUGAGUGACAGUCCUUAUACAACUUCUGAAGACGCCUCUGCUUCUACCGACAGCACAGUCGAAGGAUCAGGCUCAGAAAGCACUUCUGAUAGUGGAUUCUCAACCGAAGGUAGUGGAGAUGAUGAAGAUACAUCUUCGACGGAUGCAUCUUCCUCUGGAUCCACGGACUUGUCUACUGAAUCAAGUGGAUCUUCUGAUAGUAGUGAUUCGACCUCAGAGGCCUCAUCUUCUUCUGUAUCGGGAGACGCCUCAAGUUCAACGGAUGUUUCAAGCUUCUCAGACGCUUCAACGUCUACUGAUGGUUCUUCUGAAACCACCGGGUCCACCGAUGCUUCCUCCACUGAUGUUACUUCUUCAGAAUCUUCCGACUCGACGGCCACCACCGAAAGUGGAGGUACUACCGAAAGUGUGGCGACUACAGAUACUACGUCUGAAAGCUCAACUGGCUUAUCAAGCUCAACUGGUAGUUCGCUAUCUACGGAGGAAGGAACUACCAACGAUAUCUGGGGCACGUCUGAUUCCGAUGAUGAAUCAAGCACUCCACACAGCUGGGAGACAACUCUUACCCCGACAAAGGAUAAACUACGUAAAUGUAAGCCUAAGAAGAGGAACUGUGAAAAAUCCGAAUUUGGUUGCUGUCCUGAUGGCAAGUCAACAGCCAAGGGACCAUUUGACGAGGGAUGUCCAAUUGCGAAAACUUGCGCUGAUACCGAAUUUGGUUGCUGCUCAGACGGAGUUUCUCCAGCCGAGGGCAAAAGAAACAAGGGAUGUCCGAAAUCUGAUUGCGCGGAUACACUCUUCGGCUGUUGCCCCGACAAAUAUACAGCUGCCGAGGGUGAGGAUAACGAGGGAUGUCCAGAGCCAACAACUUUGCCCCCAACAACAACAGAAGAAUCAACUAUUACCACAUCCACCGAAGUUGAAGGAUCCGGCGAUUCCACUUUGUCAACAGAGUCGGAUACCGCUGUCACGUCUUGCUCUUUCACUGAAUUCUACUGCUGUCCUGAUGGAAAGACACCUGCCAAGGGUGAGAAUUUCGCUGGCUGUCCAGAACAAGAAGAUCGCCAAGGCUGUGAUAAGUCUGAGCACGGUUGUUGCCCAGAUCGUCGUACUCCCGCUGCAGGUCCUAAUGGCCAAGGCUGUGCUGCUUGCACAAGCGAACCAUUCGGCUGCUGUCCAGACAAUCAAACGCCCGCUCACGGCCCACAGGGCGAGGGCUGCUGCAUUAAUACACCUUACGGUUGCUGCCCCGACAACAUCCGAUCUGCAUAUGGCCCCAACUUUGAGGGCUGUGAAUGUCAAGCCUCUCCGUAUGGUUGCUGUGCGGAUCAGAAGACAUCGGCACGUGGACCACAACAGGAGGGCUGCCCAUGUGAGACCACUCCACAUGGCUGCUGUCCCGACAAGAUCACAGCUGCCAGAGGACCCAAAUUUGAGGGCUGCCCUUGUGAAACAAUGCAGUUCGGUUGUUGCCCGGAUGGCCUCUCCUUUGCCAAGGGACCACAUCACCAGGGAUGCCACUGUGCCCAGUCAGAGCACAAAUGCUGUGAGGAUGGCAAGACACCAGCUAAAGGACCGAACUUCGAGGGCUGCACCUGCGUGGAGACCGAGUAUGGGUGUUGUCCAGAUGGUGUUACCAAGGCUCAGGAUGACAAGUUCGGCGGUUGCGAAAAUGUUCAAGAGCCACCGCAAAAGGCAUGCGGUCUACCCAAGGAACAGGGUAGCUGUGGCAACUUUAGCGUCAAGUAUUACUUCGAUACAACCUAUGGAGGCUGUGCUCGUUUCUGGUAUGGCGGCUGUGAGGGUAAUGGAAAUCGUUUUGAGACCGAGGCUGACUGCAAGGACACGUGCCAGGAAUACACCGGACAGCAUGUUUGCCUGCUUCCAAAGAGCUCUGGCCCCUGCCAGGGUUACACCAAGAAGUGGUACUUCGAUACAGAUCGCAAUCGCUGCGAAGAGUUCCAAUAUGGCGGCUGCUACGGCACCAACAAUCGCUUCGACAGUCUCGAGCAGUGCCAGAGCACCUGCGCCAUUAGCGAGAGCUUACCCGCCUGUGAGCAGCCUGUGGAUAGCGGACCGUGCAGCGGCAACUAUGAGAGAUGGUACUACGAUAACCAGACCGAUGUGUGUCGUCCCUUCAGCUAUGGUGGCUGCAAGGGAAACAAGAACAACUAUCCCACUGAACACGCUUGCAGCUACAGCUGUCGCCAGCCUGGAGUGCUUAAAGAGCAAUGCUCACUGCCUAAGCAAACCGGUGAUUGCAGCGAGAAACAUGCCAGAUGGCAGUUCUCCGAAUCCGAGAAGCGUUGCUUGCCUUUCUACUAUACGGGUUGUGGUGGCAAUAAAAACAAUUUCCCCACAUUGGAAUCAUGCGAGGACCAUUGUCCUCGACAAGUUGCCAAGGACAUUUGCGAUAUUCCCGCUGAGGUCGGUGAAUGCGCCAACUAUGUAUUUGCCUGGUACUACGAUACCAAGGAUGCUGCCUGUCGCCAGUUCUACUAUGGCGGCUGCGGUGGUAAUGAGAAUCGUUUCACCAGCGAAGAGGCUUGCAUGGCUCGUUGUGAAAAGAAGCCGGAGCCACCAACUCCUCCGCCAGCGCAGAGCGCCGUGGACGUCUGCGAUCAACCGGAAGAACGCGGCAAUUGUGACAGUUAUUCGCUUAAGUGGAUCUUUGAUAGGUCUAGUGGUGCUUGUCGCCAAUUUUAUUAUGGUGGCUGCGGAGGCAAUGGUAACCGCUUCGAGACCGAAUCUGACUGUCUGCAGCGCUGUGGCAGACAGCAGCCAGAACCACAGCCCCGACCUCAGCCAGAACCACAACCCCAACCCCAACCCCAACCACAGCCGUCAGGAAAUCUGUGUGAUCAGCCAGCAUCUGUGGGCGAUUGCGCUGAGUAUGUGCUCAAGUGGAACUAUAAUUCGACUUUGGGUAGCUGCCAGCAGUUCUACUAUGGUGGCUGCGGGGGCAACGAUAAUCGCUUCGAUACCGAACAGGAUUGCUCUGCGCGUUGCAUUGCAGGCGUAGAUGAGGAACCGCGCCCAGAAUCCGAAACGGAUAAGUGCUUCCGGGCCCCAGAGCCUGGCAACUGUUAUGAGAACACAACGCGCUGGUACUACAAUAGCCAGGAGGGACUCUGCGAUGAAUUUGUUUACACGGGCUGCGGAGGAAAUAACAACAACUUUGCCACCGAGGAGGAGUGCCAGAAUGACUGCCAUCCCGCGCAGGAGACCUGCUCCCUGCCACCAGUGGCCGGACGCUGCAGUGACAUUUCACAGCGGUGGUACUUUGAUGAACGAACCGGUGCCUGCCAUCAAUUUGAGUUCACAGGCUGCCGCGGCAAUCGCAAUAACUUUGUGACCGAAAGUUCUUGCAUAGAGUACUGUCGUCGUGAUCAAUCGCAACCGGAGCCGGAACCAGAACCACCAGCUUCAUUUUCGGUGUGCUCACAACCUCCAGAGGCCGGAGAAUGCGACAACGAGACCACCGCCUGGUUCUACGACAACGAGAAAAUGGCCUGCACAGCGUUCAGCUACAGCGGCUGUGGCGGCAAUGGCAAUCGGUUCGAGACCCGCGACCAGUGCGAACGCCAGUGCGGCGAGUUCAAGGGUGUCGACGUUUGCAAUGAGCCGGUGACAAGGGGUCCCUGCACACAGUGGCAGACCCGCUACUACUACGAUCGCGAUAGCCAGACCUGCCAGCCCUUCACCUAUGGUGGCUGCGAUGGCACUGGCAACCGUUUCAACGAUCUCUAUGAGUGUCAAACGGUUUGUCUGGCCGGCCGCGAGCCACAGCCUUCGGGUGCGGCCAAAGAUAUCUGCCGGCUACCGGUGAUCAUCGGUGUGUGCAACGGCCGCGCGGUACAAGAGCGUCGUUGGUACUACGACGAUGAGCGCGGCACUUGCGUGUCCUUUAUUUACUCGGGUUGCUCAGGCAACCAGAACAACUUCCGUUCCUUUGAAGCAUGCACAAAUCAAUGCGGAAAGCCAGUCGAGAAUGAGAUCGGCAACGAAAUCUCUCCCAGUCGCUGCGAAACCUACGAUAACGAGUGCCGUGAUCUGCGCUGCCCGUACGGCGUGCGUCGGGUGCCCGCCGAAUCGCAGCCGGAGUGCGAGCAGUGCAUCUGCUUGAAUCCCUGCGAAGGCUACCCUUGUCCCGACGGUCAACAGUGUGCCAUUGAUGUGUCCAGCGCCGGUGAUCGCGACAAUCAGUUUGUGCCCGUCUGCCGUGACAUCAACAAGCCUGGUGUCUGCCCACAGUUGGCGGCUAACGCUAGCGAAUGCGCCCGGGAAUGCUACACCGAUGCCGAUUGUCGCGGCGACAACAAGUGCUGCAGUGAUGGCUGUGGACAUCUCUGCGUGGGUCCAGCACGUCCCACACGGCGACCAAAUACUCCGCCGCCGGCAGUCAUUUACCCAGGCGAGGUGAGAGCCACGCUUGAGACUAAGCAGCCGCAGGAACUGGAUGUACAGACCUCGAUUGGCGGCAUUGCAGUAUUACGUUGCUUUGCAACUGGCAACCCGGCACCGAAUAUUACCUGGUCUCUAAAGAACGUGGUGAUUGACACGAACCAAGGACGCUAUGUGCUCACCUCGAACGGUGACCUGACCAUUGUUCAGGUGCGUCAAACCGAUGAUGGAACCUAUGUUUGCGUCGCCAGCAACGGCCUGGGCGAGCCAGUGCGUCGCGAAGUCGCACUGCAAGUAACAGAGCCUAGAGAUGUGCCCGCCUACAUCUAUGGCGAUAAGAACGCCACCCAAAUCGUGCAACUGAACCGACCGGCGUUGGUCCGCUGCCCGGCUGGUGGUCAGCCCGCGCCCCAUGUUAGCUGGUGGCGCAACAAUCACCUCUUCGGCAUGGGCAGUGAGACGAGUCGCGCCGAGAUGAACCGCGACUAUUCGCUGUUCUUCCGCUCGAUACAGUUGUCCGAUCUGGGCCUGUAUACCUGCGACGUGUACAAUAACAAAGGUCGUCCCGUCUCGCUGCAUGUUACGCUUAAGGCGGUAGGUCCAGCACGCGCUGUCAACAAUGAGGAUGCCAAAUACUUGCAGUAUAUCAUUGACCCGGCAACGGCGCCCGUCACCCAAAGGCCCACAUAUCCCUAUAGACCAUCGCGUCCGGUCUAUGUGCCACCCCCUAUUGUGCACGAUCCGAGAAUCGAUGCCCGAGCUGUUAUUGGCCUGGACCCGCAAAAUAGCUACACGCCCGGCUCCACAAUUGCGAUUGGCUGCGCGGUGCAGGGCAAUCCGGCACCCAAUGUCACCUGGACUAAGGACAACACGCCUUUAUACGUCAACGAGCGCAUCCAAAUAACAUCCGACCCGCAUCGCAUGGUCAUCCAUGAUGUUACCACCGAGGAUACCGGCGUCUAUGGCUGCACAGCGCGCAAUGCCUAUAGCUACAGCACUAGCCAGGAGACAGUUACCAUCGAAUCUGUCAUACCGGUAUCGCCCGAAUGUAUUGACAAUCCCUAUUUCGCCAACUGCAAGCUGAUUGUCCAGGGCCAGUACUGUGUGAACAAGUACUAUGCGCAGUUCUGCUGCAGAUCCUGCACAUUGGCAGGCCAGAUAGCGCAGCCUCAUCCUAAUGCGCUUUAAUUCCAUACCAAACUUUAAAGCCUAGCAGCAUUUUUGUUGGACUUCUGCAUUGAAUUGAGUUUAAACCAGAAAAUAUUCAGAAAAUGAGCAAUGUCACAAAACCAGCAGAGAGACCAAAUAAGCCCGCCAAUUGCAUAGCCCACAGAUCAAAUAAAAUAACGAACGUUUUGCUUAGUAAAUACAUAUAUACAUAUACAAAUAUAUAUCCUA